AUGGGGCAAAUAGUAAAAUUUGGAAGAACUCUAUCCCAGAUUGGUGUCUCAAGGUUUGAUCCUAAGGAAGGAUGGCAACAGAAGUUGAAUGACCAAAGAAGCCUAGAGAUAUACAGCAAAAUUCCAAAAAAAUCAGAAUAUUCUGAACCAGAGGAAACUGAGAACCAUCUACAAACUGAAAAGCUUCGUCCUGAAAGCUUAUCUUCCUCUGAAAUAUUUUAUCUGCUGUCUGUAAACGCUCUACUAUCCUGUGGAAAUGUUCAGCGCACAAGAUGUCAGAAAUACAAAACUAGCCACGCCAACCGUAUGAUUAUGGGCCCAGUGGCAGAAUGGUUGGAAGGCAAGCUAAUGAAUAUAGUGCAGAAGGGAUAUGUAAAGAAGAGGGAGGAUAAAAGACUUCAAACAGCCCAGAUAAAUGCAGCCCUCUCAGUUGCAAGGCUGUCUACCGUAGUUGCAGGAACUAUUGGAAAUUGCUCCUUCGGGUCAAAUAAUUUGAGUGGCAUGAAGAUGCAUGCUGCAAUCACAUCAGCUGCAGCGCUGGUGGCAGCCUCAUGUGCUGAGGUGGCAAAAUCUGCUGGAGCUACCAGGGAACAGGUUUCAUCAGUCAUUAAUAUGGGAUUGGAGACUAGAGCACUGGGAGAUUUGCUCACACUAACUACUAGCGCGGCAGCCUGUCUAAGAGGGGUUGAGGGUCUUAAGAUGCGGACAAACAACUGUUCCUUGAAGGCCGCAUGA